AUGGCGUCCAAUUCACACCAAUAUCCCCUGGUCAAGCUACCACACCCUUAUCUGACUUCAUACCGCGUGAACACCGUUGGGGGAUCGACACCCGCUAAGCGCACCCUGACACUUGAUGAACAGCCCGCGAAGGGUAGAUCUUUGCCCAAAUCGUUGCACUCAGAUUCACUAUCGUGGCUGGAUCUGACCUUCAUCCCUAAGGCUGAACAACCACCAAUCUCAAAUAACACCCCCUGGGGUCGGGCGCGUCGCAGCCCACAGACCACUUUCCAGUGGACAGGAAAUAAUGCGCCCUCUCUCGGUCAGAUCUGGAAUGUGGUCCACGCCAUUUACCUCGGCCACCCAACAAUUGAGUACUUCCGACUCACCCUCUCCGGUACUGGAAAGGAAGUCAUCCGCGAUGAACUUUUGAAUACCGGUUUGGCAAUUGAGCAUCCGAUCAAUCUCCGGGAUCGCGAUAACAAAGCUUUGCAAUUCGAUGAACUGCUGGUCCUCCGAAGCGCCUUCUGGCAAGGUGCUGCCUCACCACUGGGCCCGCGUCCUAUCUGGGUUGUGGGAGAUGGCACCGAUGGCCCUCUGAGAGAGCCGCUUUCUCAAUAUCCCGUCAUGCCGGAGAAUUACCAGAUCACCAACAAGUUCCCCGAAGAGCCGGUCUACACACGUCACCCUACUCGUCGCCCUAAGCCACACCCAGGAUCUAUUGCUUACAGUCGCUACAUCCCCGAGAUCAACGAGCACUUUUCACUGGAAGUCGUGGAUUGGGAGAGCGCGGAGCACGUUCAAUUGUUCAACAAGUGGCAAAAUGACCCGCGAGUCGCUGCAGGCUGGAACGAGACCGGAACUAUCGCUGAGCACACCGAGUAUCUGCGCAAAUUGCACUUCGACCCUCAUGUGCUGUGUCUGUUUGGUCGCUUCGAUGAUACCCGUUUCUCUUACUAUGAGCUCUACUGGUCAAAGGAGGAUCACUACGGAGCACACUACGAUGCCGGAGACUACGAUCGCGGUCGCCACUCCCUUGUCGGCGACUCAAGCUUCCGCGGCGCUCACCGCGUGAAUGCUUGGUACUCCAGCUGCAUUCACUACGUUUUCCUCGAUGACCCUCGGACUGCCAACGCCGUUGGCGAGCCCAAGGCUACCGGCGCGACCAUUCUCUCUUACGAGAACGCGCAGGGCCUUACCAUCGGCAAAUACGUCGACCUCGGCCACAAGCGCUCGGUUCACUCUAUCUGCAGUCGGGAAAAGUGGUUUCAGCUGUGUCCUCUCUUCUGGGAUGGACGUGAGCGACCUCUGGAAUCCGCCGACCGCGCGGCAUGGAACGCUAAGCUUUAG